UGGAAAACAUGUGAGAGAGAGUCAUCACAUGUCAACGACUGCAGUAUAGAAAUACUUUCAUCAGUAUUAUUUACCCAUUAAAUAUCUUAGUAAAGUUUAUCAGCCUGCAAAAAGUUAUAAUUCAUCAGUUAAAUCUGAAAAGAGCUUAAUUGAGCGGGGGUUUGAGGAACCGAUCCAUAAGCAUGAGCUUAUUGCCUCGCACCGCUGAGGAGUUCAGUUCAGCGGACUACUGGGAGCGCUUUUUCCGCAAGAGAGGAGAAAAGGCUUUCGAGUGGUACGGAGACUACAACUCGCUCUGCGGUGUGCUGCAUAAAUACAUUAAACCUCGUGAUAAGGUGUUGGUGGUGGGCUGUGGGAACUCUGAACUGAGCGAACAGCUCUAUGAUGUUGGCUACCAUCAGCUAACCAACAUUGACAUCAGCGAGACGGUGGUGUCUCACAUGAACCAGCGGAACGCAGAGCGCCGUCCUGACCUGACCUUCCAGCAGGUGGAUGCCACCCAGACAGGCUUUGAGAGCGGGAGCUUUCAGGCGGCCCUGGAUAAGGGCACGCUUGAUGCCAUGGCUUCAGAAGAGGACGGUGCUCUUGCAGGCAGGAUGCUUGCAGAAGUUGGCAGAGUUUUGAGUGUUGGGGGCCGAUAUGUGUGCGUGACAUUAGCCCAGGAGCAUGUCAUAAAGCUGGCCGUGGAACAUUUCGCCCAGGGCUGGGCUGUACGAAUUCACUGUCUAAGUGGACAGCAGAACGAAGUGUCUGAUUCCUCUUUCGCCCUUCCUGUUUUUGUUCUGGUCUGCACCAAAUUCCGCCAAGCGCCUCCGUUUUCAGUGCUUGAGCUCUGUCAGGGAGAGGAUGGCGCUCCGGUUAGACUCGUAUCAGUACCGGAGCUGUUGUCUGCUGUGAAGGAGAGGCAGGCCUACAAUCUAAUGCUGCAUAAGCUCAGAGGUGGAACAGAUGCUAGCAGCACACCGUCCCUCACACUGUGCCAUGCAGCCACUGGCCGGCCGCGAUACACUCUGACAGUACAGGACAGUCUGCCUUCUGCCAAGCUGCCACGGAGUAACUACUUUGCCAUCUUUAUUGUUCCUCAGGGCCGUGAGUCUGAUUGGUUGUAUGGCUCAGCUGAAGGUCGGACUCAGCUAGCGUCCAGUGCAAAAUUCAGACGCCUGGUCAUUGUGGCAAUGCAUCGAGAUCAGGAGUAUGAGGACAUGCAAGCGGUCCAAUCAGAGCUAUCUCCAAUGGUGAUGGAACUCGCUCCUCCUGGAAUGCCAGCCAAUCAGCAGGUGCCGUUCCUGUCUGUGGGAGGAGAUCUGGGGUGGAGGGAGGUCAUUGGACGAGGGCUCAGUGCUUUGACUGGAGAGUACUCUGUGGAGGAUGUGAGAGGAGAGGAUGGCCACCUCUAUCGCAGGCUGAUCUUUAUGAACAAUUCCCAGCUGGUACAGUCAGAGAGCAGACUCCGGUCCGCCUCAACAGGUGCAGCUUCUUCAACUCAUAAAAAGAAGAACAAGAAAAAGGCCAAACCGUCUGUUUCUGAAGCCCCUGCUUCAAUGGAAGCUAAAGAUCGCAGCGUGGACAGGGGUUUUCUCUGCUGUACACAUCAUGAAGUCAUGGUUGCAGGUUUAGCAAUGCUUGGAUCAGAUGCAAUCAGUAAUAAAGAUCACCCAGUGUCCGUGUUGCUGGUGGGACUAGGUGGCGGGGGUCUGCCCCAGUUUCUUCAUGACUUUGUGGCUUGUGCACGUGUGGAAGUGGUUGAACUGGACCCAGCAGUGCUGGAAGUGGCUCAGACCUGGUUUGGAUUUCAGACCGACAAGAGGCUGAAUGUUAUACUGGGAGACGGACUGGAGCACAUCAAAACACUGGAGAGUCAGGGGGGACAUUCUUUUGAUGUCAUCAUGUUUGACGUUGACAGCAAAGACACCACCCUGGGCAUGAGCUGCCCUCCUCCUGCCUUUGUAGAAACAUCACUUCUGAAGAAAGUUUACAGCUUAUUAACCCCUCGAGGAGUGUUUAUGUUGAACCUAGUGUGUCGUGACUCGGCUCUCAGGAAGUCCGUUCUUGAGCGUGUUCAAGCCGUGUUCCCGUGUGUGUUCUCUCGUGGAAUCGAGGGUGAAGUCAACGAGGUGCUACUGUGUUGCAGAAGUGAAGGAGAGGGACACAAACCUCACGCCGUUCCACAAACAUUACAGCAGACGGCAAAAGACCUACAGAAGACACUACGUGCAAACACCCAGACUGCACCAUGUGUACCUCAAAUAGACAUUACUGCAAUGCUGAAUGACCUGAAAGUCAUCUAAAGAUUGAGGAAAGGUGUGGAGAGAAAUUAAAAAUAAUAAAAUAAAUGGUCAAUUUCAUCAUUUUCAAGGUUAAGAAAUUAUUCUGGUCCCAUUCUCAUGUUGGCAUAUAGUCUGGUCCGUAUUGCAGAUUAUUGAAAAACAACAACAACAACAACAACAACACAAAAUGUUUACUUAGGAUGAGAUCAUCAUAAAGUCACCAUGGAUUUUUUGCAGUAUUUAUUAUAAAUGAUUUCUCUCUGCACAUCAUUUUUUUUUUUGAAUUCAUGUGUUCUCAUAAUCUUUAAUCAAAAUAACUUCUUGCAUCGACAUCCUUUCUCUGAUGACGUGUUUUCUGGCGUGAGGGCGGGACAACCUGCCACUCACAUGACAUAACAGCCAUACCAAACCACAAUCAUCCAACAAGCCCAUCAAUUCCCCACGGACAAAAUCAAGUCCUGCCCUACAUUUUUUUUCUUGUUUUUUUUUUUUCUUUUUUCUUCCAGCCCUUUGAAAGCAAAUACACCAAAAUACUACAGUAGUCAACAUUUGAAGUGGAUCAAAAAAGUUGUCCUAAGAAGAAGGUUGAUGAAGGGUUUCGAUCCACUUCAAAUGUUGACUACUAUAUUUCAAAUGUUUAAAAGUGUAAUUUGUAUAUCAAAACUAUAUGAACUAUUAUCAUUGAUGAUCUAUAUCUAAACAGAAAGACAAACAUCAAACCCACACACACACACAAAAUGCUUUUGGGUCAAAGUCUGUUUGCUGUCUUCACUUUCAGCGAAGAAGAAUUGUAAUGGUCCUGAAAGAGAAAUAAUAAAAAUAAUCAUAAAUCCAUUGACGUUAAA